GGAUCCAGCGGUAUUGGAAAAGAGAUGGUUAAGGCUUUCACGGCUGCCGGUGCAUUUGUAACUAUAGGUGAUAUGCAGGAGAGCGGCCAACAGCUGGCCGAAGAACUUGGCGGCCGAGCGACUUUCGUCAAGACAGACGUGACGAACUGGAAUGACCUAGUAAAGCUGUUUGAAACAGCCAUUGCUCAGUCGCCAUCGCAUUUGAUUGACGCCGUCAUUGCGAACGCUGGAAUCUCGGGAAGAGAUUCCCUUUACUGGGACGGUAACGCAAGGGAUGAGGAUCCUAUUGAACCAUCUCUCAAGGUGCUUCAGACGAAUCUUAUUGGUUGUAUUUACACCUCCAAGCUGGCUUUGCAUCAUUUCACCCGCCAGCCGAAUGAUGGGAAACAUGAUCGUUGCCUGAUUCUCAUGAGUAGUAUUGCUGGGUAUUGUGAUCAACCCGGAACACCAAUUUACUGUGCAUCUAAGCAUGGCAUUCGCGGUGUAAUGACAAGCCUUCGUCGGACGGCGCACAAGCAGAAUGUGCGCGUAAACCUGCUUGCUCCCUGGUACGUCCGCACGCCGGCUAUACCGAUGGGGAAUCAAGACCGCCUCACCGACAAGGGGGUGAUUUGGGCAGAGGCCGAGGACGGGGCGACGGCUUCUUUGCACAUUGCUUCCGAUCCCCUGUUGAAUGGUCGGUGCGUUACUAUCGUGCCGCGAAAUGAGGAUCCUCGAGGGUACAUGGAUAUGGGGAAGGAUGACUUUGCCGAGGGCGAUCCUGCAUACGAUUGGCAAAGGACCAUGAUGGCAGCAAGCCAUAGAGCAUAGAUAAAUUAAAUAGCAC